AUGGCUGCGCUCAGCGAUUGCCGCCUGGCAAGCAAGGCGACAAGCAACAUCGCAAAAGCCUUCACUUCCACCCAAAGCACAAUCGCCAGUCGAUCUCUGAGCAGGAAAUACGCGCUGAAUCGAAACUGCGCAAUCACAGUCCACCAACCGAUCUGCAGCCGUCGUCUAUCGACUGCUCCUCGGCUUUCGUCGCAGCUGAGAUGCUACCACUCGCAGUUCCACCCACCUCUUCCAACGCAUGAAUAUACCAAUUCGCAAACCGCAAUCCUCUCUGCCGCCCUCAAACACAUUCCUGACCAUGGCUUCACAAAGCAGGCAUUGAUGCUUGGCGCGCGGGAUAUGGGGUUUUUGGAUGUUUCGAUACAGCUAUUCUCCAGACAGGAGAUGGACCUCAUAGUAUUCUGGCUGGCAAGCAGGCGCGGAUUAUUGCGAUCAAAAGUGGAAAAUGGUCUAUUUGAGGGGAAAGGACAACUGGGUGUGGACGAGAAGAUCAAGACUCUGAUCUUGGAGCGAUUGAAGAUGAACAACGAAAUAAUUCACCGCUGGCAGGAUGCCCUCGCUCUCAUGUCGUUCCCAUCGAAUAUUCCUCUUUCCCUAUCCGAACUGCAUUCGCUCUCUUCCGAUAUUUUGUAUCUCGCCGGAGACGCCUCAAUUGAUGCCUCAUGGUAUACCAAGCGCCUAUCGCUAUCAACUCUCUAUGCAAGUUCCGAGGUCAUCAUGACCCGAGAUUCGUCGCCAGACUUUUCCUUUACGGAAGGCUUCGUUGAGCGCCGUUUCCAGGAUAACGGCGCCAUUAGCGACAAAGUGGGUGGUGUGAAAUCAUACUUGGGCUUCAUGGCCGGAACAGCCGUUGGUCUGGGAAGAAGCUGGGGGUUGAAGAUUUAA